AUGAGUUUUUUCAAGCAAAGAGAAAACAAAACUUGCAGUUUCGUAGGGUGGCAUCCACAUGAAGAAGGAUGGUAUAAGGUAAACAUUGAUGGUGCUAUGUGUAAAGUGUCUCGUAAUGCUUCAACAGGUGAAGUUAUCCGGGAUAACCAUGAACAGAACUUCUACUCUGUUAAAGUUACCAUUUUCAAGGAAACCUUUGUUUUAACUACAAGUUCAAAUCUUCUUAACCUUCAGAUUGACUAUAUAAUCAAGUGUAUCCUAGAAAGUCUUGCAUGUCUUUGGAAUAAUCAGCGUAACCCUUCACCUCCGGUUGAUGUAGCUCCGGCAGCAGGUGAAAAUAUUAGUAAUGGCCUUGAUCCUGAACUAAUACAAGCAUUUCCAACAUUCUAUUAUUCCACUGUCAAAGAGUUUCGUCGUGAAAAGUAUGGCCUAGAAUGUGCUAUUUGCUUGGGAGAGUUCAAGGACGAGGAUAUGCUUCGUCUUUUGACAAUUUGUUGCCAUGUUUUUCAUAAAGAGUGUGUUGAUCUUUGGCUUGAAUCCCAUAAAACUUGUCCAGUUUGUCGAGGAGAGUUAGAUGUGCUUAGUAAGAAAUCCCCUUUACUUAUUCGUAGCAAUUCCAUGCAUGAAAUUUCAACAAAUGCUGAAAGUUCAGCAAAUCAAAGUCCAGUAGAAGAUUCCGUUUGCAUUGACAUUAAAGAUGAUAACGAUGAGAAAGUUGAUGGAGAAGAUAAAGUACAAGUCACCUCAAGUACAAAAGAACAACAAUCUAGGAAAAACGAAAGAAUGGAAAAAUUUUCUAGGUCUCAUUCUACGGGACACUCCAUAGGUAAAGCUAAAGAAGAAGAUAGAUAUACCCUCAGAUUGCCUGAGCACAUUAAAAUAAAAAUUGUCAGGGGGCAUCAUGCUGCAAGAAGUUGUACUGUGUUUGGUGAAUUUACGAGCCCCUCGAACGACAGAAACAGAGGUUCUGGUGAACCGUCAGAGACUCGCAUAGGAGAUUGA